AUGUGUAAUAAUUAUGAGAAGGAAGGUAACGGACCAGUUUUCAAUAGAAUUGUAAUUCCAAUUGAAAUUAAAGAGUAUAAACCAACAUUAACAGAAUAUAGGUCACAGACUAUGGCUCUAUUUAAGCAUUUGGCAAGUACACCAGUGCACCCAUGGUCAGCAUUUGAAAAUCAACUGGAAGAGCAUUAUAAAGAGUUAUACAAUCUAGAGCUGAGUAUAGACUGUGAGUGGAACCAAUUACUUAGUGCAGAUAAUGAUAUAAGACGAAAUGAGUUCUAUUAUUUGGUACAGGAGAUUAUUUCUGUAAAAAAAUACUUAGACCACUGCAAAAACUUUAAUAUAUCCAUAGGCGUGGUAUCCCCUUCUCACAUAGUCACUAAACUGAAUGACCUUUUAACCCCAUUGAGCACAAACAAUGAAAAGUUUGAGAUAGUGAAUGACUCUUCUAAUAAAACUGACUUUAUACUAUACAUAGUUAAAACUCCACCGGAUUCUACUGAAAGCACGCCUGCUGUUUGUGAAAUUGCCAGAGAUGAGAAUUCUGUAUCAAAUGAUCAGCCUAAUGAUGUGCCAAGUAGUUCUUCAUGCAGUAUGAAUAUUCAAAAUAGCAAUACAAGUUUAAAGAAAGGUGCAUGCACGGGCUGUAGAAAUUUGUGUGGGAGGGCAUUGCAUAUUAUUACACAUCCCUUUUCCAAUAUAGAAUGUAAGGGCCGCCUCCUGUGUGCAGUUAAUAUUGUAUGCAGUAUUAUAUUUGGUUUACUGGGAAUUUUUAUUCUAGUCAAAUAUAUAUUAUGGGCAAUACAUGUAUUUGAAAAUGAGAGUAAUUAA